UUUCUCGGAAUCUAUCCUUUUCCUUUUCCCUCCUAGCUCACUUUCAUCUUUCUUGACGUCGACGUCCCGCUUAACCUCUUUGUGGCCUUGAGCAACACUACAUUACGUACAUACUUCCUUCGCACAAGAGCACACACCAGUCAACGCGCACAUCCGCAAUCAUGCCGUCCUCUGCGCCUGUCCUACGGCCCAAGAAGGCCCUUCCCGUCAAUGCCCAUAAGGAGGAGGAGCCGAUCAGCUACGACAUCAAUAUCCCUUACGUAGAUGUCACCAAGGAGUCUCACCUACGCACCAGAUACCCCGAAUACCUUCCCACGUGGGACAAAGUGUGGUUCGAUCCUCUUCCUCCUUUUGAGUAUCAGGACCCUGCCCUUCGCGUGAAGGAUAAGUCCAAGCGCAAUCUUCUGACACCCGGCACAAAAGUGACGGAGAUCCAACCGCGCAUUGGUAGCAUCGUGGAAGGCGUUCAGCUCAACCAGCUCUCGGAUGCCCAGAAAGAUGAGCUUGCCCUUUUGGUUGCCGAACGCAAGGUGGUAGCUUUCCCGGACCAGGAUCUCAUUGACGAUGGCCCUGAGGCACAAGAGGCUUUCAUGCGUCACUUUGGCAAGCCCAAUUAUCAGCCCGUCUCUGGCUCAAUGCGCGGGCAUCCAGGUUUCCAUAUCAUCCAUCGCGAUGGCAACCGCGAGGAAAUCACUCGCUUCCUGUCGCAGCGCACUACUACGACGCUCUGGCACCAGGAUGUCAGCUACGAGAUCCAGCCCCCGGGCUAUGUGAUGCUUGGGCUGCUGGAGGGACCUGAAGUAGGUGGUGAUACUGUUUUCUCAGCGACCGAUAUGGCAUACAAGCGUCUUUCUCCAACUCUCACCUCCUGGUUGGACACGCUGCGCGCAACCCACUCAUCGGCAAAAAUGAUCCAGCAUGCACGUCUGACUGGGAGCCUGGUACGCAAAGAAGCCGUCGACACCGUCCACCCGCUUGUGCGCGUCCACCCAGUCACCGGCGAGAAAUGUCUUUUUGUGAACGGCGAGUUCAUCACCAAGAUUCAAGGUCUGAAGGAGCCUGAGCAGCGCUGGUUGCUGGACUUCCUCAUGCAGCAUAUCAUCACUGGGCACGACUUUCAGGCGCGAGUGAGGUGGCAGCCUCGGACCAUAGUGAUUUUCGACAAUCGCUGCACAACGCAUUCCGCCAUUGUCGACUACCUCGAUGAUGAUAACGGCGCCAAACUCCGUCACAUCUUCCGUCUGUGCGCAUUGGGCGAAAAGCCCAUCCCUGUAUACGACCAAUUCGAGUAAAUCCCGACGGCCUCCGCCACCUGUUCGAGGAG